CAGCUGGACACAACAAUAGCAACCAUCCAUCUCGCAGAACCAUGGCCCGGGGCGGUGAUCCGGUGCGGUUAGUGCUAGUAGCGAGUGUCUUACUGCGGGUGAUCGGUAACAGUGUGGCCCGACCGGAACCACCACUGCUCGGUGCGUCCGGUGCGGUCGUGUCCGCGAGCACGGGCGGACUCGGCGGACCCGGCUACAGCUAUGGACCCCCACCGCCACCCUCCCCAUCGAUCACGGUCAACAGCUACGGAUCGGCCACGUCCGAGUACGGACCACCGACGCAGGCGCCCAUCAUCCACAAGCACGUCUACGUGCACGUACCACCGCCGGAACCGGAAUACCAGACCACCAGGAAACCGAUAGUGGUGCCGCCACCGCAGAAACACUACAAGAUCGUGUUCAUCAAGGCACCGUCACCGCCGACGGCCGCCCCACCCAUCCUGCCACCGUUGCAGCAGAACGAGGAGAAGACGCUGGUGUACGUGCUGGUGAAGAAACAGGACGAACCGGAAGAGAUCGUGGUACCAACGCUCGCACCGACGCCACCCUCCAAGCCGGAAGUUUACUUCAUCCGCUACAAAACUCAGCGCUCAUCGCCAUCGUCAUCGGCCGAGCAGGGGAGUAACGGCGGUGGACCAUAUCCGGUGGAGAGCGAGCGCGGCCCAACGCCCUCGACCGAGUACGGUGCACCGCCUAGCCUACCGAGCCAAAGCCCCAGCAACAGCUACGGUGUACCGCUAUAGGUACGUCCUGAGCGAGCGACUCUUCCGCCAGUACCUUCGCCUUUACCAGCUACCGGAACCACCACCCCCCACCCGCCCCCUCCUAGACGGCCAGCGGUGACCA